AUGGUCCGGUAUUGGCUGCAUCGAAGUAAAGCCAUUCAGAAGAGGAUAGAGCCCCAUAUCCAAAAGUUUUUCCCGUUUCACAAGCCAGAACUUGAUGGUGUGUCCCCUGUGGCAGCUACCUACAGUGGCAAGGUGGUGAAAGCCCCAUUUGAUCUUGCUAUUGGCAUGGUUGUACCCUUCGGACAAAGUCUGAUGGCCUCACGUGAGAACAUUGUAAAAGUCAGACUGCAUAAACUUUGCUUAAACAAGUUUCUACUCAAGGUAUUUUUCUGUACUCUAACCCUGUAGUAUUAUUAUCAAUCGAAAACUUACUGGACCCAUACCCAGGACAUCAAAGUUGACAUUGGUGACAUUGUCCUCGUUGAAAAGUGUGAUCCGCCCAUUGCCUUCAAUACUGUGUACAAACUCAAGAGGGUCGUUUAUCCGGUAGGAAACAUCACUGACCCUGUCACAGGAUUAAAGUGCGAGGGACCGGAGUACUCCAUCGAAGUAAUGCAAGAAUGGCUGAAAAAUUAUAAAAAGACGGUGGAGCCUGCGCAAUCGGAAUGA